GUUCGGUGUUUCCAGUGUUCACAAAGGAACUGAAAUAGGUGCCGCCGAAGGAAGUUUUUUUCUUGUGUUUCAAAACAAAGGAAAAAUUUUUUAAAUUUGUAAUUCUCAUCACUGGAUUGUUUGGUGUGUAUUAGUGGAUUAAUUUCCAUCGGAAUGUUCUUGGAUUUUGGCCUGUGGGUUUACAAACCAAGAGGAUCUCUACACUCCAAUGAAUGUAUAGUGAAGCUUGGGAUUUUUAACUAGUCCUUUGCAUUUAUUAAUUGCAACACUUCUACCUCAGAAAUAAGUAGCUCACCUUUUUUUUCCCCCCAUGGAUAAUUUAAGCCAAGGUUUUACUACACACAUUACCAUGUCAUUUCUGUUCGAUAGCACGAUUUUUACCAUCCUGGUUAAAAACUCAACGUGAAAGUUAUUUUUCGAAUUUUUCUGCAAGCUCUAUGUGGAUUAUCCGUACAAAUUCCUUAAUGUGAAUAAUUAGCGUUCCAUUGAAGGAUAUGUAUCCAUUUGAAGUGAAUCAAGAUGAAGAUUUUUAAGUUUCGGCAAUUUUUUUACACCUAGCUUAAAAGAGAAAAUUCAGAAGUGCAUAUAAUAUUUAUGUGCAGUUCCAGUGUCAUUUUGGCGCCGCACCCUCCGUUUUUUACCGCACGCUACGGUGCUCCAAACCAGAGUUAAGCGAAAAGGGGCUCUCGAUGUGGCCACUACGUAUGUGGAACCAGCGACUCAAUACGCCCGGCUGAAAUUGCUCGUCGUUUACCACGAAACAGAGUGGUUCAUCCUCUCUCAUAACCAAACCAUAUAAGAUUGACGACUUCUGUCUCUUCAAUUCAUGAGGCUGAGGUGGAGUUAAAGAAGCGUUUCUGGGAAUGUGCACUCCUUGCUUGUGGUGGCGUGACAACGGAGGCCAAUGAAAGACAACUCGCUGGAUGGCCACCGUGGAAAGGUGGCUCUAUCCGACACCACGAGGAACGCCACACAGCUCUGUUCAACGGCCAGUAACGCAACUAACAGUGGAAUCAAGUGCGAUCUGAAGAGUCCCCCAUCCACGGCCGGUGCUACAACUGCCAACGACGGAAGUGCAGCAACCAAUUUUGAUGAUGAUUAUAACGAAUGGGAAUUGGGCAUCGGAGACUUAAUCAUAGACUUAGACGCAGACAUUGAAAAAACCAACGAACGAAACAGCGGUGGUAGUGGCAAUACACAACAGGGUAUUUCUCCUCAGCAAACUCACGGUCAUCACCAUCAUCAUCAUCAUCACCACCAUCACAACCAUCAUCACAGUCACCACCAAAACGGCACUGCAUCCAGCCCAGGGAGCAGUUCAGUGGGCAAUUCAUCUAUUAUUGAUUCCCCAAACGCGUCCAGCUCUGCGACUGCUUUUAAUUUUCUAGGGUCCCAACCCCCCUGCAACAGUAACUUGGCGGCAGCCAUGUCCAAUACGAAAUCCCCUCGCCUCGCUGGGAAUAGUGCUGUGGGCAGUGGAACUAGUGGAUCCUCAGCAGGAGCUGGAGUGGUGUCAACAUCUGGCAGCAGCAAUAAUAAUGGUGCUAAUGCUUCUGCUUCUGGAACAUUUGAGCAUCAGGCAACUGUAGAUAAAGGUUUGAAAAUGAAAAUUAAACGAAAGACUGUGGGAAAUAAAUAUUCUGAAGCAAAACAUGAAAUCGUGCAAUCGGACACAAAAUCCAAUUCUGGAGCUUCACACCCACUCUCUGAGAGCAUGAAUAAUUCCAACAUUAGCAAUAACUGCACAAAUAGUACUUCUAAUUCAAACUCCCCUGCAGCAAGCUCUGACACUCCUAAAUCAAAACAUUCUUCAAGCAAGGGGAGAAACAGUAGUCAUCGUGAAAAGAAAGAGAAGAACAGGGAUAAAGAUAAAAAUUCAAGUGUUCGCAACAGUACUUCUGCACCAACCAGUGAAAUGAAUGGUGUAAUUGGUGUAAUGUCUCCCUUGAAAAUCACAAACAGUGGAGUGAGCUUGUCAAGCCCAGCACCGCCGUCCUUGUGUUCAAAUUCAUCACCUUUGCCUUCUGGCAACAGCAACAAUUCUGUAGCUUCUCCUGGCAUGCCUCGUAGUGGAACAGGCACAAAUGUUGCCAAUUCCCCUGCUAGUAACUGUGCUCAAGAAACUACACAACCCACAACUGCACUAAUUAAUUUGCCAAGUCAGGGUAUUUCUUCCUCUAGUUCUCCCCCAAUGCCGAACUUAACUUUGAAGCUGGAAAAUAAAUUUGCACCUAGUCCCAUCUCUCAGUCAUCUGCUGUUCCAGCUGUCAUAAUCAAACAGGAGGAUAGACCUUGUUCUCCACCUCUGAAGAAAAUAAAGCUUGAAAAUUCGGACAAAAUUGCAGAGGAUGAAUCUCCAGGAUCUCCUAUUCCUCCAGAGAUGAAAGAUACCAGUACUUGUACAUCAGUGGGUACUAUCACCGAGCCUGAUUGUUUAGGUCCAUGUGAACCUGGAACAAGUGUUAUGUUAGAGGGCAUUGUUUGGCAAGAAACAGAAGGAGGAGUGCUGGUUGUCAACGUGACAUGGCGUGGCAAAACAUAUGUUGGCACUCUCUUGGACUGCACAAAGCAUGAUUGGGCUCCUCCUAGAUUCUGUGAAUCUCCUACUAGUGAUGUAGAUUCUAAAACGUCUAAAGGACGUGGAAAAAGAGGACGAGGAGGCAAUAAUAGUUCUAGUGACAUGAAUUCAUUUGCUGAUGCUCGGAACUGUGUACAAAGUAAAUUGCGCAAUGGUAAAGGAAGGCGUACUACAAUAAAUAGUAAUGCAUCGAGUUCAGGAUUCACUGUACCAAACAGCCCUGCAAAAAGUGAAGGUGGUGGAUCGAAUAAUAAAAGAAAAGGUAGACCAGCUGAUUUAGAAAUCAGCACACCACCUGUGGACAGCAAAUCUUCCAAAAGAAGUCGGACUCAAAAUCGUACGAUGCCUACCUCUUCUGCCCCUGCAGAAUUUCCCCAACCGUCCUCUCCAGUGUUGAUUGUUUGUCCAGAACCUAAUUGUAGCAAAAAGUACAAACAUAUCAAUGGUCUUCGGUAUCACCAAACACAUGCACAUAGUGCAUCGGACAGUAGUAAAAUGGACGAUACUACAACAGAGGAUAGUAAAGAUGUUACCAAUAGCUCUGAUAAUGAAGAGAGCCUCCAAGAAAGUGCUAGUGUGUCUACAAGUCCUGCACCCACUUUUGCAAAUACUGUUCCUGCACAUCCUGAUAGUGGUAAAAUGCUACUUAACGAAACUGCUUCGUCUUCCUCAAGUGUGAAUGGUCUUCCUGAUAGUGAUCCCUACAGUUUAACUACAGAUUUGUCAACAUUAGCUUCCGUUGCUAUUAGUGAUUCAAAAUCUGGUCAGAAAAUUAAUAAUUCAUCAAGACCUGUUCCAGUUGCUCUGCAUUCUGCAGUUUCUCAGGACUUAUCAGUAGGUAGUUCAGAUGGAGAUAAUAUCACUCCAACAUCUGUAUUACCUGUCCCAAUGUCUAAUUCCUCACCACCUUCUGUGUCUGUUUCUUCUCCAGCGUUACCUGCGGCUACUACAUCACCUUCUAGUGGUGUAAGUUUAUCUACAGCUAUAUCAGCUGUGACAACUUCUGUGAUUCAAUCUUCCAGCACUGUAGAUAAUUCUCCUGUUUCACAACCUGUAACUGUGAGCAUUCCAUCAUCUCAUGUCAUCUUCAAUCAGGGUAUUUCUGGAUCUAAUAUUACUACUGCCUCUACUUAUACAACAUCAACUGUUGUAUGUAAUAAUUCUAAUCCACUUUCUCCAUCGAGAAGUAAUUUAUCUUCAGCCAGUGUUACUUCCACAUUUGCUUCAAUAUCUUCAAUUGCUAGUACAACUGUAUCAAGUCCUUCUGCAAUACUUCCAGUGAUUGAUAAAAGUAAAAUUAAGCAGGAGAAGCCUGAUAAAUAUAAGCCUAAAUCUCCCUUAGCAACGCCAUCAAUUAGGCCAAUAGUACCUGCUCCUACACAAUUAAUUGCUCUUUCUGCAAAUAUACCUACUGUUCAUCCUGGUAUUGGUAUGAAUACUCAUAGUGUUGUGAAUUCACAGUUAAAACCCAUACAGCCUAAACCAACCAUACUUGGAGAACCUUCAACUGUUAACCCAGCUCUUGAAAGCUUGAAGAAAGAGAAAAGCAAGCAUAAAAAGAAAAGUAAGGAUAAGGAUAAAGAAAGGGAAAAGAAAAUUCCUUCCCUUCCUCUUACUCCUACAAAGUUAGGAAUGAAUCCUAACGAGGAAUGUGAAGCUAUGGAACUGACCUCAUAUCCUAGUUUAGAGGCUGUUUCUGGAUCUUCUGGUCCACUUCCUGGAGCUCCUCAUUCUACUCUGUCUCCUCUUGUCUCUCAGCCUAAACCUCCAGAAUCUUCCAUGGAUAUGAGUUUGCCUGAUGACAGUAUGAAUGAAAAUAUUCAAAGUCCUGCUUAUUCGGACAUAUCAGAUGCUAAUGAUACAGCACCUGUCUUAGAGUCAGAGGUACCAUCAGGCAAAGAGAAAGAAGAUAAAGUUGGCAAGACAACACCUGAUGCAUCACAGUCUCCAGCUGCAAACGUUAGUGCAUAUGGAAUGUAUCCAUAUUAUAGUCACCCGCCUUAUCUUAUACCCUCAGUGUCUCCACAAAGUGCGGUGUCUGGAUCACAAGGUCCAAACAUAGUUGAAAAGAGUGACUUAACUAAAAAGAGUGAUCAAGACCGUGUUAAAGAAAGCAGACCGUGGAGUAAUCCAAGUAUUGAAUCUAGAGAGCGGCAGCACAUAGAUCACCAUGAGUCAGAUAAAAAAGCAUCACGAGAUGAAAAUGCCCAGAAUUCCAACUCUGUUUCAUCUCCAGCUUUAACAGGUGGUCCUAUGGCAGAAUAUCCCAUUCAGCAACAUUAUUCUUAUCCUUAUGGUUAUCCGCAAACUUACCCUUAUCCAAUGGAGCCAGCAUAUCAUAUGCAUCUUUUAGAAUCAGACCCACACUAUAAGCAACAGUAUAAACAAUACGUUGAAGAACAGCAGCGAGCGUACAAAGAACAGCAGCAUCAUCAUCAGCAACAGCAGUUACAACAGCAGCUGCAACAGCAAGCACAGCAUCAUUCUCAUCAGCCUCAUCACCAUUCACAUCAAUCUCAUCAUCAAAACAAAUCUCAGCAUCAUUCAUCUGCAAAGGAAGACAGAGACAGAGGACGAGAAAGUAAAGAGAGAAGUGGAAAUCUUGACAAACUGUCUACUAAUAAUUUAAUUGUGGAACAUUCAAGUAAAAUUCAGCAUUCCUCUAUUUCUUUGGUGUCGAAUAAAGAUCACGAUGUUCGUGAAAUUGAAACGCGACCACCAUCUUUACCUGCACAGGCAAGGAGUGAUUCCUCUACAUCUUCUGCAUCAGCUGCUGCUUUGAAAGAAAAGCAAAACGAAAAUCAUCAAAUUUUAAAAGAGAAUAUUGAGUUGAAGUCUCAAAUGGAUGAUAGUAAAAACAAAAUAAAUCAGUAUGAAAUGGCUAUGCUCUAUGAAAGACACAAAGAAGAUAUGAGACGUUAUUAUACUAUGUAUCAGGAUCGGACUCUAGAGCAGCACCACCAAAAACUGGAACCAGGUAUUCAUCACCAUACGCAUCACCAUCAAACCAUUCAGUCACAUGGUCAUAUACAAACUGCAUCUGCAUCAUAUUCGUCGUCAUCUGUCAAAACUCAUAAAGAAGAAAUAUCUAGUUCCAUUCCCAGUCAUGCAAAAUCGAGUCAUUAUGGAGAUAACACAAGGUCAUCUGUUGUUUCUCCAGCAAAAUCUGAUCAUAUUAAAAAUUCCCAUUCAAACUCAACUUCUAGUCCUAAAGGUAGUAUUCGAGAUACUGCAUUAAGUUCUAAGGAAUAUUUAAGUUCUGCCUCAAGCAGGGAGAGUAGUACAUCAAGUAAAAAAGAUGUACAAAACAAAAGUUCUGAGAGAUCAGAAAGCUCCGUGCGAGAGGAGAAAAAAAGUGAUAAAAAUAAAGUUGAAACGAAAGUUGAGCCUGAAGGUCAAAAACCCACAAUGGAAACUACGGGACCUCCACCACCACCUACAAACUCUUAUGCUUAUCUUCAUCCACCUUAUCAUAUACAGCCACCCCCUCCUCAUUUUUCACAUAUGCCUUUUGAGCCAACCCAUGCUAUGUAUCGUGGUGGAAUAAAUCCAAUGAUUGUGUCAGCUCCACAUUAUGGUAAUUCUCCAUAUGUUCAUCCUCAGUUAAGGUAUGUGACACCUGGAACUUGUGAACUACCCUCUCAUUCUCAACCUCCAGACUCUAUGAGUAACAAAUUACAUCCAGCUGGGGCACCAAAAGCCUUGGACUUAUUGCACCAAGUUUCGCAACACUAUACAACUACUCAUAAAAUUCAUGAACUACAGGAGCAUGCAUUAAUGUCUCCCACUCCUACAUCCACGCCUUCAUCUACUCCAUCUACAGCAUCCAGUUCCAGCAAUGGAAAAUCAACUUCAGCUGAACCUGUUGUCACUGUUGCUAAAAUGGAAGUUGGGGGCUCACGAGAUGCUUCUCGAUCCCCACCUACACAGCGGCAUCUGCAUACCCAUCAUCAUACCCAUGUAGGAGUUGGAUACCCUAUAUACGACCCUUAUGGAGCUAUCAUUGCUUCUGGUCCAGCGCCUGCUGUGGACUGCAAGCCGAUUCAUCCGUUGCAAGUGAAACCAGCAGCCGCCGGGGCGCGGUAUUGGCAAUAAGUUGUUCCUGGUGGAGAACUUGGAACACUGUCAGUGACCAACCUGGACAUUUUCAGGCCCUAAAUCACUGCAUUCUGAUGUAUGUGAUGGUUUCGCUUUGUCAAGUGUAUAUUUAUUGUUAGGUCACAGCCAUUAAAAUAGCUUACUGAGUCAGGAAGAUUGUUCUGGAUUUCAUUCUGUAGUGGCUGGCUCCACAUAUAAUUAAAUGUUUUACUAUUUCAAUUGAAUGCAUGCUCGCUAUAUUAGUUUGAGCAUUUGUAAUUUGUGAAACUCUCUUUGAAUAAUAAAUGGAUGGUUGGACAUAUCGGAAUCUGAAACUGCAUUCCCAGAUAAAAUAUUUAUCUCGGAUAUAAUGUUUCAAAUGCUGUUGUUUAGUCCAAAACAGGAUGUGUAAAUAAUAUACAUAUAUAUAUAUAACUUACAAUUCUUGUGUAGAAAUGUAAUAUUUAUGCUAUGUUCAUGGAAGUGAUCUCAUUGAAAUGUGUACAGUUAUUGUAAUUAGUGACCUAAUACAUGAAGGAACAUUUGUUGUGGUGCUUGCCAAGGUCGAAUGUGAAAUGGAAUUUUAUUACAUUAAUUUUUUUAAAUUAUUGUUAUUAAUUACUGAAGAGUUAGGUGGAUUAAACAGGACUUGAAAAUCAUUCUCAGAGCCCAAAGUGAAUAAUUUUUUCCUACUGGUUAGCAAAUUACUUCUGUAUGUUUCUAAGAGUUUUCAUUUGUUUAUCGUUAUAUUGUUUUCUUUUUUAAAGUUUUUUAUGUAUGAAGUCGUUACCAUUUUUAAAUUAUGCAUUAAAAAUGGCAACUAUUUUGUAUGUCAAAAAUACAUUGCUUAGAGGAAGGAUUUUUUGUUCAUGACAUUUGCCAAAAAGGGGGGGAUUAACUUGCUUUUUCUAAUUGAAUGUCAAAAAAUUUUGAUUGCAUUAAUUGGUAACAGAACUUUUUAGAAGCACAAUUAGGUAAAAAUAAAGGCUACUCAAAAAAAUAUUUAUGCAAUUUUAAAAUGCAAUGUUUAAAUGUGAUACUUCAAAAUCUUUAAGAAUUAAUUCUGUGAAUUUGUCUUAUAAAAGGUAUCAUGAAAAAAAUGGUAUGUUGUGUGUUUCAUGUUAUUUAACAUUUACUUCUUUAAAAUAUCUAAUGCAGCAUAAAAACUGCAUAUUUCCUGUUGACUCAAAUUCAAUGACUCUUCAUCAGUAAGAGUAGAUUCUAUAAAUCUUUCCUCUAAGCAAAAUUAGCAGGCCAUGACAAACCAUUUUGUGAAAGGUAUUUCUCUGGAUAUGCUUUUUUCUUUAAAUAUGCUGAUUCUUCUUCUCAGAGCCACAUCUGAAAAGCAUUACAUUCUUUAAAUAAAACUGUUUAACUUUUUACCAUUUAAAGUGUAUGUAAUCAUGCAUUACAUGCCUGUCAGCUCUUUAGCUCCAUCUACAGCAAUAAAAAGAAAAAUUGUGAAUUUGAACAACUGAUAUUUGAUAUCUGAUAUUACAUUAAGAUGCCUUUGCCAAGAGAAAAUGAUUUUGUUUUGACAAUUUUUAUAAUAAAGUAUAUUUGUAUUUUAUAACAACAAUUGUAUUUGUUAUUAUUGUAACAUAAUUACAUGAGGAGCCUUGCUGAUACUUUAAACAGGGUCAUCUGCAAUAGUAACUUAUGUCAGUGGUUCUCAUACUGUGGCACAUGUACCCUCAAACUAUGCAGGUAACUUUUUUAAGGGUAGUAUGUUAGCAGAUUCUCUGUUGGAGGAGAGAAAAAAAAAAAUGUAUGUUAUUUAUUCAUCUUUUAAGUUAAGAAAAAAAAAAUUAUAUCUUGGCAAACAGUUACUCAGAGUGCUGGCCAUGCUGUUUGGUUUAUGAUGACUUUCUUUACAGUAUACCUGUGAGGAAACUGUUAUAAUAAUGAUUUGUCAUCUAUGUUCUACCUAAAGUACAAGAAUUAUGAAUACCAGAUUUUGGCUUUACCAGAUUUUGGACUGCCUCCUGAAGGUUUCAAAUGGAUUGGAUUAUAAGCAAGGAACACUAGGUUUAUGUUAUGUGUUUACGGGGAGAAAUGACUUCAUGGAGGGCUUUCUAAAACAAACUGGCUCCUAUUUACAUCAUACAGGUUUCACUAUAUCAUGAGAUAUCAGAAAGCUAUGUAAAACCAUUCAGUCACAUGCUGGCACAGAAUAUGUUUGAGGAUUUAAAAUUCCUGUACUUUAAAAUUAUAAUAUAUAUUAUUAUAAUUAAAAAAAUUUUAUUAGAAGAAACUGCUGUUCCAUAUUUAUUCAACGAAAUUUCUGAAGAAAAUGUGUAUAAAAUAAAAUUACAUUUCUUGUUUUAUUUUAUUGAUAGAUCAUAAUGAUUCUUUGAAAAUGAUACAGUUAAAGCAGCAGCAAUAGGACUGUUUAAUAGCUUCCAAAUAUUCUUAAUGCAUUGUUUGAACACAUAAAAAGUUAUUUCCAUAUGUCAGGGUUUUGAUUACCACCUAAGGCCACAUGUUUCAGGGACCUAAAAAUCGUCCUGUAACUCUUCAUAACUGUGAUUUUUCUCUUGCCAAAAAGAAAAGAGGGUUAAAAAAUGCACUGGAAAUUACUGAAAGAGCUAUUUCUUGAAGGCUUCAAACUAUCUUAAUUAGGUCCUCAAAUUGUGUUAGAUAGUUAUAAAAUUCUUUUGAACAUCCCUGGCAAAAUGCGAGUCAUGACUUGGGAGUUCUACCUAUGAAAAGUUUGAGAACCACUGCACUGUGUUAUUGAUUUUUGAGUGCGGGAACAUCAGCUGUUUGAGUUUCUGGGGCUCUUUUUUUCAUUCAAUCAUAUGCAAGGUAAUUGUGGAUAAUUUUGUUAUGUUAACCUUUUGCCGCACAGUGUGUCCAGUCUGGACGCACCUAAAAAUUUCCUUCUGUAUGCACAUAAAAAUUGAAUGAAAAAGGAUUUAUAGGUUACUGUGAACCUUCUUUAUUAAGUAGAGGGCAGCUCACACAAA